AUGGCCGCUUUCAAAGAUGACCUCCCACCUGUGACCGGCCUCGAGAAGGGUGAAGCCUUUCUCUCUCAACCUGAGCUCACUGUACCACCAAGCCAGGGAAUAGAAGCAUUGAAGGACAUUGCCUUUGGGUCGACAGCAGGAGUACUGGGAAAGUUUGUGGAAUAUCCUUUUGAUACUGUCAAGGUCCGACUUCAGUCGCAGUCAGAACAUCAUGGAGGCACUCGACUGCGGGGCCCUCUUGAUGCAUUUUCUGCUGCGUUCAAGAGUCCAGAGGGUCCUCUUGUGUCCUUGUAUCGAGGAAUCAGUGCUCCCCUACUAGGAGCGGCUAUUGAGACCUCCUCUCUGUUCUUCAGCUACAGGAUCGCCCAAGAUAUCGUGGUUGCGGCGUCUCCAACACUUCGAGCACAACGAGAUCAACAUAAUGGCAAAGUUGAACUUCCUUUCCCCGCCUUACUCGGCUGCGGCGCGGCCUCAGGAGCGUUCACCUCUCUUCUCCUGACACCGAUCGAACUGAUCAAGUGCAAGAUGCAAGUACCCAUCGCUCCCUCUCAUCUGGCCGCAGACUUGGGCUACACGACAACAAGACCCCCAGGACCGAUGGAAUUGAUCCGGGCAGUGUUUCGGAGUCAAGGAAUCUUGGGUUUCUGGCACGGACAACUGGGCACACUGAUCCGUGAAACCGGCGGUUCAGCCGCUUGGUUUGGUUCGUACGAAGGCGUCAAGAUGAUGUUUCGAAAAUACGACACUUCAAUUACUCAAAUUGCAGAUGUCAAGGUCUGGCAACAGAUGGUCGCUGGGGCCGCCGCGGGAAUGUCAUACAACUUUGUUUUUUACCCUGCCGACACGAUCAAGUCGCGAAUGCAAACCAGUUCUACCGAGGGUGUGGGUAUCAAACGGAUGACAUUCGCGGCUACCGGAAGGGCUCUGUGGCAUGAGCAAGGCCUCGCUGGUUUUUAUCGUGGUUGUGGCAUCACUGUCUUCCGCGCUGCUCCUAGCUCUGCGAUAAUCUUCAGCAUCUAUGAGGCCCUGAGACGCUAUUUCGGCUAG